AUGAAGGUCCUUUUAGUUCUGGCUGUCCUGCUGCUCAUGGUCACCCUUGUCAUCACCAAGACUCCAAAAGGUUCACACUCUCUGAGAUAUUUACAAACACUCCUGUCAUGGCCUGGCCUUGCGGAGCCCCAGUUCAUCUUUGUUGGCUAUGUGGGCAAUACACAGUUCAUAGGAUUCAACAGCAGAUCACAGAGUCAGUGGUCGUUGCACAGACCACCAUGGAAAGAUCAACAGACUCCAGAGUAUUGGGAGAAGACAAUACAGGACAUCCUGAUUGAAAAAUGGAACUUGAAAGAAGUAAUGGAGAAAAUGCUUCACAUCUACUCUAACAGCAUGACUGGUAAUCACACAAUCCAGAUGAGGUAUGGCUGUGACGUGCUGCCUGGAGGUUACUUCAGUCACGGAAUCCUAGAAUUGAAUUUUGAUAGCCAGGAUUACAUCAUACUGAAUGAUGAACUGCACAACUGGAGAACAGAUGGCAAGGCAGCUGAGACGCUCAAGCAGGAGUGGGAGGACACGCAUUAUGCACAAAUUGUGAAGAAUUACCUGCAGGGAUCAUGUGUGGAUGAACUCCUUACAGAGCUGGACUAUGGGAAAGAUUAUUUGCUGAGAACAGACACCCCCAGAACACACGUGACCCACAAAGUCAGACCUGACGGAAAAAUCAUCCUGAGGUGCUGGGCCCUGAACUUCUACCCUGCUGAAAUCACCAUAACCUGGCAGAGAGAUGGGAGGAACCAGACUCAGGACGUGGAAGUGAUAGAGACGAGGCCUGCAGGUGAUGGGACCUUCCAGAAGUGGGCAGCUGUGGUGGUGCCUUCUGGGGAAGAGCAGAAAUACACAUGCCGUGUGGAGCAUGAGGGGCUGCCAGAGCCCAUCACCCUGAGAUGGGAGUCUCCUCAGUCCACCGUCCUCGUCAUGGCUAUUGUUCUUUGUCUGGUUCUUGGAGCUCUGCUUAUAGGAGCAGUGGUGACUUCUCUGAUAUGGAAGAGGAGGAUUAAAGGUAAAGACAGGGCAGGGUCUUAGUUUGUGUCUUCAUGGGAAGAUCAGGACAAGCUGUGAGUGUGCCCUGUCACAUGACAGCAGGUUUCAGCCUGGGGAUGAUGUGGU